GCCGUGGGAACGGGCGCUGUUUACACGCAGCUCUGCGUUGUGGCCGGAGACGGCGGAUGGAGCUGGGGCGAGGUGAGAGUCAUCGCGGCCCCCACCCCUGGGGUCCCCGGGACCCUCGGAUCCGGGGCCCCUUUCCCCUUCCUGCCCGGUUCUGGGACCCGCCCCUUACCCUGCAGACUGAGUCCGACUCCGUCAUGGAGACCUUGGCGAGCCCAUUUUCCAGAGGGGGAAACUGAGGCUUCUCGUCCAGCACCCAUCUACUCAUCCCCGUAACCCGCGCCGUGUAAAAACACCUGUAGCCCUAAGUGUGGAAGGCCUCGGAUUAAAACGCUUUAAAAGUCACCCAUAGUUCUGUCCCUGCUGACAGUGAGAGAGGCAGGGGGGCGGGACAGUCAGGAAGACCUGAGUUCGAGUGCUACCUCUGGGACCGCCUGCUGUGUGACCCGGAGCCGAUCACUUAACCCUUGAACCUGAAGCCACAUUCUGAGAUUGCAAAGUACGGGCAGCUGUCGGCCGCCACCGGCCCGGACCCCCUCCCCGGGGAGCCUCCGAGCCAUACAUUUCCGUGCUGCUGUUGCGUUUUAGCUUCCUUUGUUGCAAGGUUUUCUAUUUACUUUAGCUUCCUUUAAUUGCAGAGUUUCGACUUUUACUUUGGCUUCCUUUAUUGCAAGGUUUUGGCUUUCACUUCAGCUUCCUUUAUUGCAAGGUUUUGGCUUUUAUUUUAGCUUCUUUUAGAUGCAGGUUUUUUUCAGACCUCAGUUUCCUUCUUUGUAAAAGAAGGCUUUGGAUGGACUAACCCUUCAAGUUCUUUUUCAAUGCUAAACAGAUCUUAGGGUCCGAAGUAGUUCCGGGGAAGGAACAGAGACCGGGGACAGGUCUUGGGCAGGUGCGAUGCUUCAGAGACCCCUGUCCGUGCUCCCAAGGGUAAGGCCUUGAAUGCUUCCAGGAAGGGGAACCCCCCAUUUCUUGCGCUUUGGGACUGCUCCCGCCUUCUUGCACAUGCAGACUUUUCUCCACGUCCCAGAUCUUCAGCUCCUUGAAGGCAGCUCCCCUGUCUCCCUUUUCCAGGUCCUUUCCCCAUCCUUAUCGGGAUCUUAGACAGAUCUGAAGCCUUAGAAAGCGCGACUUCAGCUUUCCCCCGCCCUCCAUCUUGCAGACGAGGAGACUGAGUCCCAAGGACUUGGGCUUAGGCUGAGGACGGGAGUCCUCAGACACACACGGGGGCGUUUGGCUGAAAGCUUUGGGUCAGGGCUUUGUGGGCUGGGACUUAGUUGUUGAGCCAGGAUUUCGAAGCAAGAGUGAGAGAAUGGGAGCAUUCCCAGUUCCUUUGCAGAGCGGACUGGAUGCUUCUGCACGGUAAAUGAGGCUCAUAAAGAAUUUAGGAUCACUGAUGUGUUGAACAGUUCUCACCUUCAGAAGAGGCACCUCCCUGCCUGGGAAAGAGCCCUGGGCUGGAUGUUGACCGGUUCUUUUCCUUAGCUACUCCACUAACUGACUUAACUAGGCCCUCGGGCUUCUGGUUCUUCCUCUGUAAAAUGAGGGGGCUGACUUCAAUUAUCUUUGUUCCUAUCUAACUGGAACUUUUUAUGUUUUAAGCUCCCUUCCCACUCCAACAUUCUGUGACUCUAAGUUUCCUCUUCUAUCUAACCUACAUCUUUUUUUUUUUUUUACUAUUGUUCAAACCCUCUUUCUCCAGUAAGAACUCCUGUGAAAGACAGUGGAUUGAGAUUUCCUUUUGUUUCCCAGAGUGGGCUAAACGACCCCCUCGAUCUCCUCUUUUGCAGAUAAAAUUUCCCCAAAUUCCCUUUUUCAUCGUUUAUUCAUUUGGUGAUAUGGUCCAGUUUCCCCAUAUCCCUUUUAAAAUGGGCAGCUUCUUACAGACGAACCACCCUCGUCAAAAGGUAGCGGGUCAUAAAUAAAAUUGGGAAGAGAACCACAGUGUCUGAGUUCUCAGGCCCGCUGUCCUGUAUCUGUUGGUUCUGCCCAGUAAUCCCCCUGUGAGCCGAUCCAAAAGCUUUAAAGAGACCCACUUCUAGCCAUGUCCUCCCGUGUGUGUGGUUAUGUUUAUGUUUCUUGCCUCGACCCCGGAGGAAGUGAAUUGUAAAUAGAAUGUAUUUUGUAUGUAAUUCCCCAAUUAAUAUUUGGGGAAGCAGCCCAGUGUUGUGGAAAGGGCUCUGCAUUCGGAGUUAACAGCCCAGGCCUUGCCACUUCUCAGAUGUGGGACUGGUCGGGUCCCUUCUUGUCUCUUGACGUAUCUGUAAAAGGAGGACUUGGGGCAGGGGCUGGCAGAAGUGCCUUCCAACUUUAAAAACCCUCCUCCCUUCUCUUCCUCCUCCAUCUGUUGCAGCAGACCCAAGAAGUACAGAACUGCCCUUUUCAUAACUCCUUGGAAACGGGCGUCAGUGUUUGUGUGCCGGGGCUGGCGAGCCUCUGUUGUGCAGCCCUGGUGUUUAAGUAAACAGGCCACUUGCCGAUUCGGUGGCAGCUUGAUAGGUGCCCACGCCCAGAUCCUGCAGAGUGGCUGGGUGUUGAAAGCCUGCCAGGCCUUGAUGUUUUGAAAUGAGUUGGGCAGGAAUAAUAAACAGUGGCUGCGGACGCCUUCCUUUGCCCGAGCAAUGGGAAAAACAACAAAACAAAACAAAAAAGGAAACCCACCAGCAGCGGAGGCCCGGAGCGCCAAGGUGUGAUGGCUUGGCUCUUGAAACACCUGGUUUCCUACCUCUUGCCAAUCCGAUGGAUGCCGCGGAAAGUUGGUGUUCCCUCCAAGUAACAGAUGGUCGCUGAAGGCAGGAGGCGGCAGGAGAUUAUGAAAGAAGGUGCCUGGAGAAGCAAUGGCCACGGAAGCGCCUCUGAACAUAGCCCCGUCUGAAUGCAGCCCUGCUCUGGACCCAGAAGCAGCUUUCUUUUGGCGGCGAAGCCCUGUCAAGAUGCACGUCACGAGGCCCAAGUCUGCCAAGGGACGCACACGAACAAACCUGAACUACUCCCAUAGUUCGGAGUCCUCCUCUUACCGCAAGCCUCCUUCUCCAGCACCCGUCGUUCCCUGCGAGGUGCCCGGCAGCCAAAAGUCAGUGGGCUCCACUCCCAAACCUCCCAGCCAGGGAACCCCCGAUGAGAUCCCUGAGCUGCUCCAGCAGGUCCCUGUGGGGUCCUCUUCCUCUCUCAACAAGUACCGGGUGCUCCCUUCCAUUAACAAAAAGAACUUGGAAGAGGGGCCUGUGGAGACGGUGGCCAAGCAGGCUGGCACUCUCAAACUGGGCAGCUUGCAGGAGCUCAAGGCCCUUUGCCGGGAGGAGGCCCGCAGCGGGAAGUCGAGGGAGGGGUGUCUGCGCGCUGCCGCCCCUCCCCUGGAGAGUAAGCCCUGCAGCAGAACCAAAGAACGCAGCUUAUCGAGGGCUGGGAACCUGGACGAGCCAUCCGACGGGGAGCCCCGGCUGCUGCUGGCCGUCCGGUCUCCUUCGGGACAGAGGUUCGUCCGACAUUUCAGGCCGACUGACAACCUGCAGACGGUGGUGGCGGUGGCCGAGCAAAAGAACCUGACGACAUAUCACCACUGUAGCAUCGAAACCAUGGAGGUUCCCCGGAGGAGCUUCUCUGACCUCAGUAAGUCCUUGGAAGAGUGCAGGAUCCCUCACAAGUCCGUGCUGGGCAUCCUCCAGGAAGAGCGAGAGGGCCAGCCCUGAGGGCCCCACGGCUUGCCGGCCUCCUGCUCCUCCGAGCACUGUGGACUUGUCAGCCAUGGAGGUCCCAGGAAGUAAACGGGCCUGGAGUGGCCUGGAGUUCUCAGCACUUCUGUCUCCAGAGAGCCUCCUUUUGAAGUAGUAAGAUGUGUAUAUAAGUUGAGUGUGUUGAAAGACAUCUUUCCAAUCCUUUCCAAGCCUUCCCUCCAUCUCAGAGGUGAGCGGGCAAGUUACAAAGCUGCUCCGGGUCUUGUUCUCCUGGGCUCCCCGGCCCCCCUCCUGGGGCAGGCCUCUUGGGAGUACUGCUCUGUCUUUGCAGUGGAUCGUACCAAUUCAAAGCCUGCCUUACCUGUCUGGAGAUGGCUGUGGGAAUUCUUCCUCUCCAGGGGAGGGGGGCACUACCCAGGGGAAAUCCUACUUGUUAUGAUAGGGGGUCAGAGAGAGGACUCGCUCUUCUCCUUGAGCCUAAGCAUCCCAAGUAUUCACACACUUCCAAGCAUGGCUCCUGAGACACAAAGCAAGCUGCUUUUCAGUUGAGAAUAACCAGAUGUGGACCCCUUCUUGGGAGCCACUCUUUGGAGGCAGGUUCCUUUUAAAAGCUAGUGAGUCCACUUGCUGGGAUGCCUCCUUUUUAUUCCCAUUGCUUUCCCCCCAUUACCUACCUUCAAAGGAAUGGGAUGGAACCAGCUCGUAGCCUCUAACCCACUCACAGUGUCCAUGGUCCCACCUGCCCAGUAUUUCCACUUAACAGGAUGCCUCUUGGAACUGCUCUGUUCGGUUCUCUCCCUUCCCCGAGAGAGGGGAGGUUAAGCCAUGGUGCAUGUGCUAAAACCUGGUCCCUAGACUUCUGGGUGGGCAGAAGGCGUUCACUCCCUCAACUCAGGAGCAGGAUUUGAGACUGGAGGAGGGCCUUGUUUUCAUAACUACCCAAACAAAAUGAUGAAUACAGACAGUUUGCCAAAGCCCUUUUGUAUUAUUAUAACUUCCCUUCAAACCCACCAGUUCUUUGGACCCUGUUCAUGGCCAAACCUCUGUGGGGAGGGAGCAUUGGGCCCCAGCUGCCAUGUUCCCACCCAGAGAGCCGCUCUGAAACAAGGCAAGGGGGAGGUUCUCCCUACUUCUUCUCCCUUCCCAGUUAGCCUCAGUGCUCACCGGCGGGUGACUGUUGAAGAAGCGGGGGCCCAGCCACGAGACAGCCUAGGAGCCCUCCGAUGCAGCCAGCUCGGCGCGCACUGCACCUUGCACCAGAGAAGGGACGGAGCCCGGCAGAGUGACAGAGGCUUACGGUUAGAGCUCUUGGCUGCAGAAGAUGACUUUUCUUCUCCUUAGUCGCACUCCAAGUAAAGCCCGGACUUGUCUUCAGAAGGCUGGACUGUGGAGCGGCGGUCCGUACCAGAACAAGCUACUUCCAGAGCUUUGCAGGACAGUUCUUAGCCUGGCCCUGGCCUGGCGAGCCGCUCCAUCAGAGGGAGAUGUGGGCUUGAGCCUACUGGACCCUGGCCAGGCCGGAACGCUUAGGCCUUCUCUUCUCCUACCUCCCUAGGGAGGCCGGGCCAAGUAAUUCCGGCAGCCCCUGACUCUGGCUUCCAGGCCUCAUUUGUCCCCCCAAGGAUCAGACACUUCCUUCUGCUGGGCGACAGCAUCCCACCUGCUCAGUGGUAAAAAAAAGUCCGGCGAGAAAGCUCCGGCCAAGUGGAGGGACAGCGCUGACUCUGGCAGCGUCCUCCUGGACAGAACGCGGGCAGCCCUUCCCCAGGCGUGCUGGAGACGUGUUUGUGGAGUCCUGGUGGAACCAUUCAAUAAACUUUUUAAAAAUUUUAAACAUAAGGUGAUGUUUCCUGUGCGAACUGGCGGGCAUGGAGAAGGCCGCGUUGUGCGUUAGCCCGUCGGGCAUCUAGGGCUCCAAGUUGGGCUUGGCUCUAGCUGAGUCCCCCAGCUGUCUACAGCCCCUUGUUUUGGAUCUGCUGGAUGCCAAUCUGUUAAUGGGAUCCCCACACACACAGACACAGACACAUGUUCUGGACUAGGACUUGCUUUUCCAAGCAGAUGGGAAGUGCUUUUGGGGAUUAAGUUUCUGCUGACUCUCCCCCAUCAUUCUGAGUACUGGCACUGACUGUGAAGUCGGAGGACUGGUUUGAAACUGCUUCCUUCUGCUUAUAGCCGUGUGACCCUGGUCCUUCUCCCUGAAAUGAGGGGGGCUGGGUUAGCCGAUCUCUAAGGUCCCCAGUGUCGGCCGGGGCAGGCCAUGACCGAGCUAGCAGCUGGGGUUUUACUGCUGAAGGCGACUGAUGAUCCCCUUGCUGGUCACUGAUUGCAUAACAUUCCCAGGGCUCGCUGGUAACAAGGCCAGAACCCCCAGGAGAGUAGAGAGUGGGUCAGCAAGCAUUUAUGGAGCACUUACUGUGUGCCAGGCUGGCCAGAAACUUGGCUCUGUGGGCUGCUGUGAGUUGGACUAGAUAGCUCCCGUUUCUAUGAGGGCCUUGAGUUUAUACAGCAACCCUUGGAGCUUGACCCGGGGGAAGGGAAGAGCUGGGGUUCAUCCUCGGGUGCCAAAGCAAGCAUGCUUCAGCCGGGGAGAAACAGAGCUUGGGACUCGGUUCACCAGUCGGACCAGGAAGCUACCGAGGGGAGGCCGGGAUGAGCCCCUUCCCUCCCCCACAAAUGCCCUUUGUGCCAUUUACCCUCCGAGGGGGGUCAGAGGGACUGAAUGAGGCCCUGUGAGAAGUGGCAAAAACGGGAGCAAAGGGAGGACGGUGACUGGGCGGAGAAGCGAUCCUGCUGAUGGUGGGGAUGGAUGUGAGGGAUGGGAUGGGAGAGCCCACGCUCGCAUCCAGAGCCAGGGUUCGCAUCUUGUGCAUCUUCACUGGUUCCUCCCAGCAGGCUGAGACCAGUGGUGAGGCCGACCCUUCCAUCCCUCCCCCACCUCCCGGCCCACUGACUGCAGGGAGGUGAGAUACCUCCCUGGGCCCACAGGGUGGAGGGGAGUGGGCCAUCCUUUGGCAAGCCAGCCUGGCAGCCUACCUGUUGUCGAGAUUGUCUGUGCUCCCACAGCUGGGCCCACAGGGUGGACGGGAGCCUUUGGCGAGCCCGCCCUUCUCGGGAUCGUCCGUGUUCCCACAUCUGGGCCCACAGGGUGGACGGGAGCCUUUGGCGAGCCCACCCUUCUCGGGAUUGUCCGUGCUCCCACAGUGGGGCCCACAGCGUGGACGGGAGCCUUUGGCGAGCCCACCCUUCUCGGGAUCGUCCGUGCUCCCACUGCGCGGGGGUCCAUGGCACCCUCCAGGGGUGUGUCUCAGUAUGACCCAGUGGCCCCUCAGACUCCCAGCGCACACUCAGGUGGAGUGUAACAGGAAGCAGCCACAGACUGGAGGCAGAAGGAACAACAGGGCACAGAAGUGACAUCAUUUAGGAUCCAAAAAGUUCUCAGCAGAUGGUGGUCAUUUCAGCCCAUUCCCUGUCUCAUCCUGCCCCCCAGUCCAAAGCUCCCGGCCAAUAGCGCUGGGUCCUCUCUGUACCCUCCCUGUCCCGAGCUCUCCCUCUGACCGUGAAGGGGAGCUGCGGAGUUCCCUGCGAAGGAAGGCGUUCUGUCCCAAUUCAGAGCCGAGAGGAGCAGCGCCAGGAGGCCGGGCACGGACCAUCCCCUGCCCUGUCCCUGAGGUCACCCCUUGCCCACCCAGCCAUCUCCAAGAGGGUUUCCAGAUGCUGGAGACCAUUCCCCAGAACACAAAGAUUCCAUUUCAGCAGCCUUGUCCAAAUUGAGAUAAAGAGGCUGGGGGAGGGAGGCAGUACUUCUAAUUCCUCUAAUUCACCAGCUACGUUUUCCUGUACAACAAAAUGAGGGCUACGUGGCAAAGACCCCAAUAUGUGUGCUUCCCAAAGAACUUGCUGUGCUGUAAGGGACAGGGACGCCUGUCUUCCUGCGCGCGCACAGCCUGCAGUCCCCCACGACAUAGUAUACAACAGUAAUGACUCCCAUCUUUAGAGUGCCCAGUAUCGACAAACCCUGUCCCUACACAGACCCAAGGGGUAGGAGGCUCAAGGACUUACGGUCAUUUUCCAGAUCACUGAACUGAGGCUCAGCGAUGAAGUGGUUUGCCCGGGUUUAUGUAAGUGUCUGCUAAAACCCUGUAGUCAUACCACUAUGGAGGAGGAUCCCAGUCAAACCAUGGCUCUCGGCCCGUCCCCUGCUCCCAAACCCCAUCAAUUCCCACCCAAGCCACAAUUUCCAGGAAGAGUUCAAAACCCUGCAAAAUGACAGGGCCAUACACCUUUAAGCAAAUGAGAUACUUUAUAUUCUGGUUAGUUUAGACAUCACUAUUUUUCACCUGAUUGCACGCAGAUCGAUUUUUCUUUACAACUGGGAGGUUCAUGGAAUUCUGACCCAUGGCAGCUAUUUGGUCCAAUGUAUAGAGUGGAGUCAGGAAGACUCAAAGUCAAAUCUAUCCUCAGAUACCAGCAGGCAAGCCACUAAAUUUCACUCAGCCUCAGUCUCCAGUCUGUAAAAUGGAAAUAGUAAUAGCACCUAUCUCCUAGGGUUAUGGGGAUCAAAUGAGAUAUUUGUAAGGUGCUUAAUGUAGUACCUGGCACAGAGUAGGUGCUUAUUAAAUAUUUUAAUUCUUGUGCCUCCUCCCUCCAAACACCUAAAAUACUCAUCUAGAUCUUAGGGAUUACACUUUAUUACACAUUUGUAGGGAUUACACAUUAUAUAACCACUUUCAUUUUUACUGAGUUCCAGAAAAAGGAAUUGCCUUGGCCAAGUUCAUAUAAUAGAAUUGCCAUCGGAACCCAGGUCCUCUGCUUCCAAAUCUGGCCCCCGUUCCAGUUUACCAUAAAUGUGUUGUUCUUUGCAGCUGUGUUAAAAACCCUCUAAGGACUCGGUCAGAAAGGAGCAUCCUUUUGGAGAUGUCAUCAACUUAUCAUCAACUUACCUGUUAGACUAACAUGUAAUCAAUCUUACCCAUCUCCCAGAAGUCAGAAAAACUUUGGAAAAGUCCUCCUCCCAAUGGGGAAACAGAAGCAGCUCCCAUUUCUAUGAUAAUUUGGCCAGGUGUCAUGAAGCAUGACCAAUUUUGCCAAUGUAAUUUCCAAGUAUUGCUGUAUUAGUUCAAAUAAAGGCCAUGAUUUCUCCCAAAAUACAAUUUGUAUGAAAAUUGAACAUGGUCUAAAAUCAAGGUUAUUUUUUGACAAAUGACAAUAUAUAUUUUCUCCUUUCAAAGAGAUCUCAUUUUAGUGUUAUGACCUAUUGUCAGACCAAUAAUUUACUUAUUUUUAAAAUGAAAGGUUUAGCAGAAAUGAUGUCAAAGGUUCUUGCUAAUUUGAAUAUUCUGUCUUCUAAAGGCCCUCCCACCUCUGACAAUCCAUGAUCUUGGAACUUUUUUCCUUACUCUUGCAUUCUAAAGUUUCUUCCCAACUCUAACAUUUAAUGUUCUAAACUGGGCAUGCUAAUAAAUAUUUGAAAACUUUCUUUGGGGUGAUAGGGUGGUGGAAUUUACCCAUGGCAUACUUUUCAACUUAAUCUACCUUAUUAUUAUCUCUAUCACUUUCUCAAGUAUAGACAAUCCAAAAAAAAAAAACCCCACAAUAAAUGAACUUCUAAUUUGUAGAAUUUGCAUUCUGAGGUGUAACUGCUCACACUCAAAAUUUGACACAAUUCUCAGUAGCCAGUCAGAACUAGUGCUUAGAUUUCCUCUCAGUUCUGAUCAUGUGUUUUAAAAUCUUUACUGUCAUUCUGUGUUCUAAGUUCUUCCAGCUGACACUGUGAACCUGGAGAUGCAAAGGCCCUUCCAACUAGUACAAUUUUACAGUCUGUAAUAUGGUUAUGUAUCAAUGCAGUAUCUUUGCUUGAAAAAGUGAGAAACAAAAACAUAAGGAAGUAUAUGAAAGUCUUUGAAUCAGUGAUUUUUACAUGAGAAAUGUGGAAUCAUAGAUACCAUCAACUUUAAUGAAAACAAGGAGAAAUUAAAAAACAAUCUUAUUUCAUCA